AUGGAAAGAAGAGGCGGUAGAGGCCAUGGUCGAGGAGGUCACGGUGGAAAAGAUGUAGCCAUAUCUAAAUCUCUGAGUUGGAUUUUAAGGCAUGGUGCUUUAGAACUUGGACUCAGCAUUAGAACUGAUGGAUAUGUACCGAUAGAUGAAAUUCUGGCAGCUUAAAGAAUUAAAUGUAAUUAGUCAGAAUUAUAAAAUGAAUGCUUUAUAGAGUUGAAGGUUGAUUUUGAUAUGAUUAAGGCAAUUGUAGCAUCAAAUGAUAAAUAGAGAUUUUAAUUGAUUAGUGAGAUCAAUGAGGAAGGUGUUGAGGUUCAUUACAUAAGAGCCACUUAGGGACACACUAUUUAGACCAUCAGUAAUGAGGAGCUUCUUACUCCAAUUAUUGAUCCAUUUGGUUUUGAUGAGGUUAUUCAUGGUACCUACCUCAAAGUAUUUAACUUAAUCAUGGAGACUGGUUUAAAUAAGAUGGCAAGAAAUCAUAUACAUAUGGCUCCAGGUAUGCCUACUAAAAAGGGAGUCAUCAGUGGAAUGAGAGCGAGCUGUGAAAUAGUUGUUGAGGUUAAUAUGGCUAAAGCUAUGUAUCAAGGCAAAGUUCCUUUUUACAUUUCAAACAAUAAAGUCCUCCUAUCUCCAGGAAUCGAUGGAGUUCUUUCAUCUAAAUAUUUUAGAUAGGUUGUAGACAUUAAAAGACAUUUGAUGCUCUAUCAAGCACCCUUAGAUUAUAUAUGUGUCUAUGAUUUUGAAUGCCAAUGUGAGGAGGGCACUAAGAAUUUAACAUUUAAUGAAAUUAUUGAGUUCCCAGUAGUGGUGAUAGAUGUGAAAUCAAUGUAGAUUAUUGGAGAAUUUUAAACAUAUGUUAAACCAACAAUCCAUCCAAAGCUAACUGAAUUUUGCACAAAGCUUACUGGUAUAGAGCAAAGUUAAGUUGAUGGAGGAGUACCAAUAAAAGAAGCUAUUCAAUAGGUUCAUGCAUUCCUUGAGAAAUUAGGAGUAUUGUAAACAGAAUUUGUUUUCCUUUCAUGUGGAGAUUUUGACGGUAAUCAAAUAAGAAGAGAAGCCUUGCACAAGCAAUUUAAUAUUCCUAGUUAUUUGAAAAGGUGGAUUAAUAUUAAGAAAGUAUUCCCAUUGCAUCUAUUUGAUAAGUCAAAGCCAGAGCAAUAAAUAGAUUUCAUAAAGAAUGUUAAGAAAUCAACAGUCUCUGGAAUGGGAGAACUAUUAAAGCUAAGUGGUCUAGAAUUAGAGGGUAGACAUCACUCUGGUAUAGACGAUGCAAGAAAUAUAGCCAGAUGUGUAGUAUCGUCUUUAGAGAAAGGAUUUUAGUACACACAAGGAAUGGUCUUGUCACAUCCUUUUAGCUUGGAGAAACCUGAAGAGCAAGAUGAAGAAAGUAAAGAAUGA